AGACAAGGCCCCGCCCCCGGAACAGCGGCUCGCGCCGGCCUUAAAACAGCAACACCACUGUGGCUCUGGCGACAGCAAUUAAAAGGGCAACUCCAGCUAGGUACCGUUUUGCCACACUCUGACUAGCAGGCCGGCAGACGGCGUAGCCAACCGGUUUCUCACAAGACCCUAACACCGGAAUCCCACUCUACUGGGGCCAGAGACUGCGAGAGAAAGAAAAACAGAGAAGACUUCGCGUGGAACCCUGACGGCGUGCCCCCGGAGCCGUGCACUGGGAGCCACGCUCCACUUUCCCGGCGGCCCUCUCUCUGCCCGACUGCAGGGGACGCAGGGGAGACGACCUCGGCCCUCGCCGAUUGGCUCCCUGCACGCGGCGCCCAGCCGCUCUGCCCCGCCUUGUUGCUCUGCGCUCGCUCUGGGGCUUUCUUAACCGCCGCCGAAGGCCUGGGAGCGCCACGAGACUGCCUCCUAAUCGCAGCUCCUCUUUUAGUUCUUGACUCCAGUUCAAAGAACUCACCAUUUGACUGAAAUUAAGAUACGGGGAAGGAGACAGUAACCAUACUCCUCAAAUCUUAGAUCUUUUUAUUAAUUUUGGAGUGUUUGAAUAUUUACAGAAGACUAUUUGAAAACUGCUUUUGGAAUCAGAGCAUGGAUCCCAGCAAUGACUACCAUUUCCUCAACCAGAUUUUGUGGAGAAGAGUAAAACUCACUCUGGUCUCUGGUGUCUUUGAAGGUGUGCUCCAUCAUGUGGACCCCGAUAAGAUUGUUGUCCUGAAGAAAGUGAAGAAUGUGGAGACAGGCCAGAAUGUCCCAGGAGUGAAGAUAUUUUUUGGGCAUGAGAUUGUGAAUGUGGAACCACUAGAUGAGGUGGAACAAGGUUCUGUGAGAGAAAAAACAUCUUCUGUUAGUAAGGAUAGUUUAAAUACAGAAGGAACCAGGAUGGAAAAAAUGAAAGGUGAAAACCUAAAAGUAUGUGAGCCUACUUCACCUGCCCUAAAAGCACCAAUUGCCCCUCUGCUGAAUGACCUCAAGAACAGCCCAUCAGAAGAGAAGGAGGUGACAUACACUGUCAUCGAUCAGUUCCAGCAGAAGUUUGGUGCUGCAAUGCUCCACAUCAAGAAGCAGAGUGUCCUGAGUGUAGCUGCAGAAGGGCCUAAUGUGUGUCGCCAUGGGAAACUGUAUUGGCUUCAGGUGGCUACAAAUAGCCGAGUUUACUUAUUUGACAUUUUCCUUCUGGGAAGUCGAGCUUUCAGCAAUGGACUUCAGAUGAUACUAGAAGACAAAAGAAUUUUAAAGGUUAUUCACGAUUGUCGCUGGCUUUCUGAUUGCCUCUCUCAUCAGUAUGGGAUUAUGCUGAAUAAUGUCUUUGACACACAGGUAGCAGAUGUCUUUCAGUUUUCCAUGGAAACUGGUGGCUUUCUUCCAAACUGCAUCAGUACUUUACAGCAAAGUUUAAUAAGACACCUUAAUGUAGCCCCUAAAUACCUUUCCUUUCUAGAAGACAGACAAAAACUGACUCAGGAAAAUCCAGAAGUGUGGUUCACACGUCCUCUUCCACCCUCUUUACUGAAAAUGUUGGCCCUGGAAGUGACCUACCUGCUCCCUCUUCGCACAGCGCUCCUGGAUGAGAUGAUGUCUGACCUCACCACCCUGGUGGGUGGCUACCUAAAGCCCUGCCGGGAGGGGUCUGCAGACCAACUUGCAGGCGCACAGCCUACAUGUAUGGAGCUACCAGAGGAGCUGCUUCAACUCAAAGACUUCCAGAAGCAGCGCAGAGAGAGAGCUGUGAAAGAAUACAGGAUGAAUGCACGAGGACUCCUAAUAAGGACCAUGCUGCAUCCAAAGCAGUCAGAGACAGCGACAGCAGGGAAAGAGGAAAAAGUCAGAGGCUUCUUGUUUUCUAAAGAUUCUAGGGAAGAUAAGCUUCCAAGUUUGACAUCCCAUGAAUUUCAUGAGGAUGGGAAUUUUUCAAAAGGAAAAUUUCAAACAAUAGUAAAAUCUCAGCAUCUACCUCCUAUACACAAAGGAGAAGCCAGUGAGGGUUCCAGUAAUAAACUUAUUUGCCUUGAGUCAAAAGGAUCCCAGGAUGUGAAAGUAACUCAGACAGAACACUUUAUGUUGGCAAAGCAUGAGUUUCAGUCAAGUUUUUCUUUGAAAGAAGAGAGAGAACAGUUAUUGAUUCUAGAAGAUGAGGAAUAUUUGUUGUCCACAAAACCAGAUGUUUCAGUACCUCCUUUUCUUCCUCAGGAAAGCAGAGUGUCACCAAACGAUACGUUUCAUCCUUUCAAAGAAGCUGGGACUUCCACACUCCCUCCCUGUCCGGCCUUGGAGAAGACAGGCUCCUGGAUAAGCCCAUCUCUAAACCUACCUGAGGGUUUGCAGUUUGCUUAGGCCGUCUGGGGGCCCAGUCCCUGUCAUCCAGGGCUCCCAUGUGGUGGGUUCAGUUACGCCCAGGCACAGGCUCCAGGAAAAUGAUAUCCUCUUCUUUACUACAUUCCUGGUAUAUGGAUUAGGGUGGAAAUAAAUAUAUAAAUAAGAGAAGUAAAAUUUCUGAUGAUGUCACAGUGCAGAAAUGUUUCCAGUGGCCAGAGUAAAUUAUAUCUCAUAAUUUGGGUUUAGAGGAUUCUAAGGAGGGAAAAAUCUUGGGCUUAGUGUCAGGAAUUAUUUAUUUAUUUUUAUUUUUAUUUUUAUUUGGUACUGGGGAUUGAACUCAGGAUCUUAUAUGCUUGCAAGGCAGGCAUGGCACCACUAAGAUAAAUUCCUGGCCCUAUAAUUUUAUAUUUUUUGUUCUGUUUUUGACUUUUUUUUUUUUUUGGUACCGGGGAUUGAACUCAGGACCUUGUGCUUGCGAGGCAGGCGGUGGAACCACUGAGCUAAAUCCCCAGCUCUGGGCUUCUUUUUAGUAUAUCUGUUAUGUAAACUUGAAAAUGGACUUCAUUAUAUUGGCCUGGAGUUGAUGUAUGUUCUUAUGGUAAAAGAAAGGUGUGGAGGCACACACUGGUAAUCCCAGCACUCAGGAAGGCUGAGAGAAAAAGGCUGGUGAGCUGAAGCCUAGCCUGGGCAACUUAGCAAGACCCUGUCUCAAAAUAAAAAGUAAAAGAAAGGGUUACUGCAAAGCCCUGGAUUCAGUCCACAGUACUGUGCCCCUUUCCCUCACCAAAAAAAGGGCAGCUUGUAUUGAGCCAUUUUUCUUUUCUUUUUUUUUUGGUACUGGGGAUCGAACGCAGGAACUUGUGCUUCCAAGGCACUGGAACCACUGAGCCAAAUCCCAGCCCUUGAGCCUUUUUUCAUAUUGUGUAUUUACAAAUUGCUCACAUUCUUUUGUGUAAAAUUACCAAUAAACCUGUUUGGACAUUA